AUGUCCUACCCAUUCGACACCCCAGGAUACACCAACGUCCUGGACGAUACCCGCCUCUGGGGCCGUAGCUGUGUGCAGUGCACCGACCCCGCGCCAGCAUGUAGUUGUGCCAAGGGCGAGAGUUGCGUUCAGAUUGAGCGCGAGUGCGUGACCGUCAAGUGCAUCAGCUCGAGCAGCUCAAAAGGCAUCAACCCCGGUAUCAUUGCUGGCCCAAUCAUCGGAGUGGCCCUCAUUGCUGCCAGUCUUGUCCUCUUUUGGUGGCUGCGGCGGAAGAAGCAACGUGACCUUGCGCGUCUCGAGGACCUGGCAGAGCGGGCACGGAAGGGCGAGUCGUCGGCCUUCCACCUGUCCACACCAGCAUCACCUUCAGCAGCAGCGCGCCAUAGGUCUCAGCAGUCUGGCACGCCGCGGAGUCCCGCGAGCGGCGGAAGCGGUGGCAUGCGCCAAGCGCAGCGCCAAGUGCUUCCCAACGUCCCCGCCGAUGCAGAGUUUUACGACGAGAAUGGUGCGACCAUCCGCGUAUACUCGGCGUCGCGUGGCGUCAUCAACGCAGACCCCAACCACCCGGACAAUGGUGGCACUGGCGACCCCUUUGCCGACCAGCGCAGCAUGUCCACAUCGGGCAGCGGCCACUCGACCAACGUUAUUCCUAUCCACUUUGUGCCCGCCGGCCAGUCCGACGACUUGGCCAACGGAGAGCAGCCCUCUGUCGACCAGCAGGCCCAGGCCGCGCGCACGCUCGACCUGGCGCGUCAAAACCUCUUCCGUCCAGGCGCACGCCCAGGCGUCGCACCUCCUCCCCGUCCCGCCCGUGCCCCCGACCUCGACCUCCGCCUCAACCCGCCUCGCGCCGGCAACAUGGCCGAGGCGAACAGCGGUUCGUCGCGUAUCUCGAUUGCCUCCAUGACGUCUGGUGCUCCUUCCUUCUUGUCGUCCAACACUGCCGAUCUCCAUCUCGAUGUCCCCAAGAUUGUCACUCGCCAGCAGGUUCACGUCGGUCGUCUCCAGGCCGCCGAGGUCGUUCAAUUCAGCACUCUGCGUGCGGCCCAGGAGUCGGCCGACAACCGCGGCGCUGCUGCCAACCCGUUCAACGAAAAGGAAGAGGUCCAGAGUGCUGCCGCCUCGCAGGAGACGUUUGGCAGCGAGGUCCACAGUGGCGGCGAGGCAGCCCAGAGCCGUGUCUCUGUUGGCUCGCGCCGCUUCGAUGACGACGGCAACGCCGUCUCUCAGCCCAGCCCCACCGACCUCCGCUUCUCCAUGGGUUCCCUUGCCUACGACCGUACCUCCGUCUCCACCAACGGCACCAGGCAGAUGCCCCCGCCUCCUCCUCCUCCAUACACUGCUGCCGAGCGCCCACGCUUCGAGUCCAUGUCGUCGGCACACUCCGUGGGCGGCGACUCGCUCCUCGGCUCGUUCCCCAUGAUUGCCCCGCAUGCCGGUGGCCAGUCUCAGCCGCACCCUCUCAGCGGCGGCAUCCCCCAAAACUUGUCCACCACCUCGCUGGACCUCGCCAACUCGGCGCGGCCCCCAACAGCGUUUAGGGGCGCCCAAGCCCGCCCCCUCACCGCCACCUCUUCCCACUCUGUCGCCGACUCGUUCCUCGGCAGCUUCCCAUUCGUCCCGCCCAACGUCAACGGCGACGGAUCGCCUGUACCCCCCAUGCCAGGAGCAAGGGGCUCGCAGCAGGCCAACCCGGGCCGCCUGACACUGGGCAUGAGCGCAGUCAGCGAGGGCCUCGGUGACUUUGACUUUAGCUUUGAGAGCAGCGGUCACCCAGCGUCAGCAGCAGCAGCAGCAGCAGCAGCGGGCCAGGGCCACGGCGGCGAAGAACACGAAGAACACGUCGAGGACCCCACCACACCCCGCGCGCCUACAAUGCGCCGCUGA